AUGAAAGGUGUUUUUGGUCGUUACUGUGAAUAUGAGCUUUAUGUCGGUUAUACACUUGUUGAAACAGCUCGUGCAAUCAAAAUACAGGAUAAAAACCAUGCACUGGCCGGUCAACUUCAACGUCGACGGAUGUGCUAUACUUCUAUUGAUUGUGAAUAUGGACUUUUAUGUUUGGAUUGGAGAAAUAUUUGUGAUGGUGCGCAAAACUGUAUGAAUGGUGUAGACGAAGAAAAUUGUGAUAAGGUAGAAAUGAAUGAAUGUCUCGAAAAUGAAUUUCGGUGUCAAAAUGGUUUGUGCAUUCCUGAAGGGUAUUGGCUAGAUGGUGAAUUUGAUUGUCAAGACACAUCUGAUGAGCUUACUCGAUCCGAUUUUGAAGAGUCUUGUCCCCGAGAGAAGGGUAUGGAAUGCGACGAACAUAUAUGUUCAGAAUCUAAAUCCUUUUCUUGUGGAGAUGGCCAGUGCACCACACCAUAUGCUUUUGUUAGAUCUGUAGCCGAUCUAUUCAACGGGAAUAAUUUAACAUUCUCGUGCAGUACAUUACGUGAUUUGGCAUUUUUCUGUGAAAUUCAUCGACCUGCGCGAUUGUGGACACUAAAAGACGGCUUUUGUGUGUGGUUGUCUGCUUCAUGGAGUAAUCAAGUCAACGGUACUCUAGACAGUUUGUGUCAGUUUGUUCUAAAAUGCCGACUCUCAUUUCGUCUAUCUACCAAUUGCCCAACGGAUGAUAUUAUAUCCUUAUUAUUAAAAGGCGAUUGCCGAUCAAAUCUUGGUUGGAUCAGGUAUCCACGAGGACCGUUGCUCGGUCCUCUGAUGAACACUUAUUACGACUCAGACUAUCAAUUAACACCUACUGUGUUACCUAAUUAUGCUAUUACAAAAGGUCAAAUGCGAUGCGCUGGUUUUCAGUUAACUAUAACUGGGAAUGGUUUCUUGAUUCCCGAGUCUAAAAUUUUUUUCUUAUCUCUUAAUACAAAAGUUGAUCGACGUAUAUGUCUAUAUGCAGCAAGCCCUAAUUCAGAGUCAUCUUUUAUACGCAAUUAUUCAAUUCUCGCUCCUCAUUUUGAUACUGCAUGUUGGCAUAAAUGGCUUUAA